AUGGAGCACUACACCAUGAGGCUCAGCGCGGGCGGAGGGGCCACGCCCACCCAGCAGCAGCAGCAGCAGCAGCAGCAGCUCUGCCCCUGGGGAGAGCCCCUGAUGGUGGCGGCGCCUGACCGAAGGUCGAGGUUCUGGCAGAUGGACGUGGCCGUGGCGGCACAGCCGGCCCGCAUCGAGGUCAUAUGCCCGCUGCCGCGACGCCCGGCCCGUCCUCCACACCCCGUCGAGCCCUUCGGCAGGGCCACCUCCAGGCCUAACAACGGGACGCUACCGGUGUAUAGAACAGACUCCGCCUCUGAUAUCCUUGAUCUCAUCCUCAGCAAGAAUGACCCUGACGUUGAUACCGAUUCCAACGGCCAGGCGGGCUUUUUCUGUGGCUCGCCUCCCGUCCGCACUAACAACCCCAUUGUGAAUGAUCCGCAGUUUGGUAGGAAUACCCCCUGUUUUUCUCCUCUAGGGAGCCCAUUCAGCAAGAUGCUUGGUGGAAGAGCUGAAGUAGGCUCUCCGUCUUGCGGGGCGAGUAGUAGCCCGAAAGUGAGGAUUGAAGGCUUUGCCUGCGGGAACAAAGAGAACCAUUGUGCAGUCACCUUUGCCUGA